UCAAUAUGAACUGUUAACUAUACACAUAUAGAAAUGACUAUGAAAAUAUCUGUUUUGUAGUGAAAUGUAUUUCUGUUGAGUUUUAGAUUUUUUUUUUUUAAUAUCCUGCGCAGUGCAGUGUCAAGUUGACUGUCAUGAAUACAAACAGGGCGUUCAUAAUGUGUAUGUACUGUAUGUAGACACAUGGACGCUCAGUGUAGGUGAUUUGUUACGAAAUGAUGGCUGCGAAUAUAGAGAGGUUUGUCAGUGAGGGUAAAGGAAAUGGUUUGCGUGCUCUGCGUGAAAUCAAACCCGGUGAUGUGAUCUAUUCCUGCGACCCGUAUGCAUUCUGCAUAGCCAAGAAUUUCUUGAAAACUACCUGCCAAAGUUGUUUUAAGAGAGGUGAAAGUCUAUCGAGAUGUUCUCAAUGUAAGCUGGCACGGUACUGCAAUGUUCAGUGUCAGAAACAAGCAUGGCCCGAUCACAAGAGAGAAUGCAAAUGCCUUCAGCGCCUCCAGCCAAGAAUCCCCGCCGACUCCGUCCGCCUGGUUGCGAGGGUCAUUUUCAAACUACUUAGCCAAUCAAAAAGUGACGAAGAAGAGCUGUUCUCGAUAGCUGAACACCAGUCACAUCUAGUCGACAUGAGCGAGGAGAAGAAGAAAGGCCUGGGGCAUCUCUGCAGGACACUGGAGAUUUAUCUUGGUGAGGAGUACUGCGGUCUAUCUGAGCUUCCGUCCGGCCUCGACCCCAUCAGCCUCUUCGCCAGAGUGACCUGCAACUGUUUCAGCAUCAGUGAUGGAGAGCAGCAGUACGUGGGGGUGGGGCUUUACCCCAGCAUGUCUCUGCUGAACCAUAACUGCCAGCCAAACUGUGUCAUGAUGUUCGAGGGCAAAAGACUUGAGCUGCGAGCUGUUAGGGUCAUCAGACCCUGUGAGGAGCUGACUAUAAGCUACAUCGAUGUCCUCGCACCCACCAAUGAGAGACGUUCACAAUUACAGGAGCAAUUCCACUUCCUGUGUCAGUGCACUCGCUGUACCACUGAGGACAAGGAUUGUGACAUGCUGGCUGGAGAGACGACAGCAUGGACAUCCUUAAGAGACGCCGUCCUUCACCUGGAUCAGCUUCAGUUGGAGCAGCACUGGGAGGAGUUGCUGAAAGAGAGCCAAGCUCUUUUAAACAGAUAUACAGAUGUCAUCCCGGACAGGAACAUCUAUGUACUCAGGCUGCUGGAUCUGGCCAUUGAUGCUUGCAUUAGUCUGGAGGAUUAUGAGACGGCACUGGAGUACGGCAAUAGGGCUCUGGGACCUUACAAAUUGUACUACACCGAUCCUCAUCCCUCCAGAGCGGUGGAGCUGCUGCGGGUGGGGAAGCUGCAGCACUAUCUGGGCCAACUGAAGGAGGCUCAGGAGAGCUUCACACAGGCCUAUGACAUCAUGAAGGUGACCCAUGGGAUGGAGCAUGCCCUGGCUAAUGAGGUGAGGAGAAAACUGAGCGAGUGCCAGGCCGAGCUUGGCGGAGUCUAGGCGGCUGAUGUGUGGCACCGCACAACCCCUGCAUCAUCAUAUGGAGAACGACACCGCCUCAACCUCUCUGCCUUUCCGCUGACACGUUGGCUGUCAAUCAACACGCCGCUAUAUUAGCUCUCAAAUGGAAUGUUUCGGGAUGGUUGUGUCUGCCACCUGCUUUUGAGCUGUUGUGUAUCAAACCAGCUAGUUUAGAAUUCUAUUGAAAAAAAUGAAUAAUUUUUCUCUGCUGCUUCUACUCAGCUUGCCAAAGGGGGAAAAAACAACAUUACUGCCAUGCUUUUUUAUUCCAUUUCCAUAUUUUUAUAUUUUGAAUUUUUUUUUUUUUUUUUUGCAUUAAUGAUGUCCCCCAGAACAGCUGUUCACUUUUAACACUCAAUCCAAAGUAUAGUUUACUAUCCUCCAUAAUUUCAAAAGAUAGUCCUGUUUCUAGGUAUUUUGAGCCAAAAUUAAUGGUUGCCACAGGAAAAAUAUUGCUAAAUCUAAAUAAUAAACUUAAAGAAAGUGUCAGUUUGCAAAUGUGCAAUAUAUGCCUCUAUUGCAAAGUCUGAAUAAUUUGGGUCACUCCAUUUUUGAGUUGCACUUGGUUAUUUUAGUAUUCAUGUACCAUUAUGUUAUUUUUUUAAUUAGCUUUUAUUUACAUAUUUUUAAUUUUUUAUUUCAGUUAAUUUCAGUACUUUAAUUUUUACUUGCCCAAGCAACAUUUCUAUUUUUAUUUUUUUUUUUUUAAGUUUAGGUUUUUCAUUGAAUAUUUCAUAUUUUAUUUUAUUUCAGCUUCAUUUAAGUUACCGGCAAUGAUAUUUAGUAGUUUUAGUUAACAGCGCAGAUUCAAAUAUGACAUUUCAGACUGUCAUUUUAAGAUCUAUGUGCUGGCUACAUUCACACUGCAAGCCUUAGUGAUCAGAUCCGUUUUUUUUUUUUUUUUUUUUGGGCUGUUCUCAUUAUUUUUUCAGAUUAGAGCGAAUGUUGAUCUGGAGUGAUGUAAAAGUCUCGUGAAUUCCGAUAUGACUGUUCAGACUGAGGUCGCAUUUCAAAACCUCAGCUCUGUAUCUGAUUUAGGACCACAUAUGGAAGUGAUCCAAAUCAGAAUCGAAAAGAUCAGAUUUCAUGUGGUUUGUGCUGUUCACACUGUUAUGAAGAAAACAGAUUUGGACCACUUUUGCUUGCAUUCUGAAUGUAGCCAAGAUUUAAACAGAAUUUCAGUAGAAUGUACGGUCUAAUGGAAAAAAAAAUAAAAACUGAAAGUCAAGGAAAUGUUUUAUUUGGGGUGUGUUGUUUGGAAAAAAAACUCCAUUUGCACAUUUACCCAAACUACUGUGAGGUAGUUUCUUUGAUAUAUGGCUUUAGUUUGCUUUUGAUUUGAUUAUCACAUAACCAACUGUUGUGAAAAGCAACAGCUUUUUAGCAAUAACUGUUGUGCUUCAAGAACCCCUCCAAACAACACACACUUCAGAUUUGUGCUUCAGUUUCUCAUCAUUAACUUCAAUCAUCAGAGUUACUCAGGCAAAACGGUCCCAUUCGCUCAGAUUUCAUAAACAUAUUUCAGGAGCUGCUUUGUGUUUUUAAGCUCCUUUUUUACCAUCUGGAAUGUGUUAUUAUUACAGAUCAGUAUUUGAUUUGUAAUGUGGGUCAUUCCUGCUAUUCAGUAAAUUUCCAUGUCCCCAUCAUAUGACUUAAUAUAUUGUACAAAAUGUGAAAUCAAUUUUUAAAAAUAAAAAUCAUAUUAGUUUUCACAGUCA